AUGACUAGUGGAGGUGAACUCGAGAACGACGAAACUACUGCCCAGAGGGUUCUUCAGUUCCUGAAGUCAGCUUCACUGGUGCACCAAGAUUGGAAUCCGAAUGAACCCCUUCGUCGUAUCACUGUGGGAGACUCAUUCAACAAAUUGACUGAAAUGGCUGAAUCAAGUGGAAAGGAAAAUGAAGAGACAGGAGAGGAUGUAAAUGAUGACCCUGAGCUUGAGGACCUGUUAGCAAGUACUUUGUCUGAUUUUGAUAAGAAGAAACUAGAAGAAUUUGAGAAGAAAGGGAAGGAGAAGGAGGAGAAAGUAGGGACUGAAUGGACUGAAGACUUCAUCCGUUUGGCAACGCAGCAGUUUGAAGCCAGCAUGCGGUCAGCUCUGUCUGCCCAAGGGAAUGCUGAGGGUUGCAGUGAAGCAUCCAGAACAGAGCCACCAGAUGAAGCAGAGUUCCAGCGUAUCAUGGCAGAAGUCCUUGGUAAGAUGAAUGACUCCAGGGCCCCUAACUUGAAUGCAGAGGAACCAGGAGACUUUCAAGGAAUCAUGCCGAUGAUGCAGGGAGUCAUGAAGCAAUUGUUAUCCAAGGACAUGCUCUACCCAGCCUUAAAAGAUCUUGGUGAACGAUAUCCAGCAUACCUGAAUGAACACAAGGAGUUGCCCCAGGAAGAUAGGCAUCGCUACGAGGAGCAGCUGGUCAUCAUCCAAGAAUUGUGUCGAGACUUCGAGAGGGGUGAGGAGUCAGAUGCACAAUUUGAACGAGCUUUUGCUGCAAUGCAGCGGAUGCAGGACUUGGGUCAUCCGCCCAAGGAGCUUGUUGGCGAUGUCGACCUCUUCCCUGCUCUCCCAGAUGUCCCUUCCCCCAGUAGUUCAAUGGGAUUCAGCCUCUUCCCUGAAUAUGAUUUCACACCUAGUGAAGGCUCUUCCAACAAAGAGUAG